AUGGAGACAGCUUGUCUAAAUGAUGAUCCAUGCUGUAGCCUAUGGGCCAAGAAUGGUGAAUGUUUUAAUAAUAUUGCAUAUAUGAGAAUACAUUGUCGUAAAAGUUGUGGCUAUUGCAAAAGCAUUGACAAUAAACAAAGCGGUUGCAUCGAUCGUCAUAUUUCAUGUUCCAACAUGCGAUUGCAAGGUGAAUGCAUUCAAAGGAGGCAAUGGAUGGCAGAAAAUUGUCAAGCUAGUUGUGGCUGGUGUAAUAUAUCACCUCAUGAUCUAUGUAUCAGAACAGCUUUAAUUAGUCAAAUGUGA